CUGAAACUGCACUCACUGCAGACUGGACUCAGAGAUACACCAACACUCAUACACAAAGACGAAUCUGAUUGAGAGUCAUGAAGGUCCUUGUGGUACUCGCGCUGGCUGUAUUCACUGGUUGCCAUGCUAACCUAUUCUACGCUGAUGAGCCGAAGCCACAGCUGGAGCAACUGACAGAUGCCUUCUGGGACUACGUCGCCAAAGCAACGCAAACGGCAGACGACACCGUCCAGAUGAUCAGGAAGUCUCAGCUGGGACAGGAUGUCAAUGACCGCAUCACAGAGAGUGCUAACGUGGCCAGCCAAUACGCUGUCUCCCUGCAGGAGCAGCUUCCUCCUGCAGCCAAGGACCUGAUGACCAAGAUUACCCAGGAGGCUGAGGUGCUGAGAGAGCGUCUGGAGCAGGACUUGGGCAGCGUCAAGGGGAAACUGGAACCCUACGCAGAGGAGAUGAAGACACAAGUCCAGCAGAGAGUGGAGCAGCUGAAACAGGAUCUGGCCCCCUAUGCAGAGUCCCUGGACUCCGAGGCCCUGAGGGCCACCCUGCUCCAGAAGAGUGAGGAGCUGAAGGGGAGUCUGGAGCAGAGUGUGAAGGAGCUGCAGUCCAAGCUGGGUCCCUACACUGACGAGCUGAAGCAGAAAGUGGACCUGCGCCUGCAGGACUUCCAGAAGAGUAUGGCCCCCCUGGCUGAGAAUCUCCAGAGCCAGCUGACCACCAGAGCUCAGAUGGUGCAGCAGAGCCUAGUCCCCUACGCUGAGGACCUGAAGGACAAGCUGGACCCCUAUGCCCAGGACCUGAAGGCCCAGCUCACCGCCCUCUACCAGGCCUUCACCAAGACCAACUAAAUCACAAACACUUUCCUCCAACUGACAACUCUUGCAUUCUUGAUGACUGUAUUCUCUCUUCGAAGCCUUAGAACAUGCCACCGUUGUCAAUAUAAUGAGGGAGAGUUUACAAAGAUGAACUUGGUAAUGCAGAUGAGGUCCAUUCUGUAUUUUGUAUGAACUGAAUUGGCACUUAUGAGAGAAUGACAUCUUUGUAUUUUGUUUGUUUAUUACCUGAAGGUUGGUCAGUGACUGUGCCGUAUUUGGUGUUGUAUUCUUAAUUUAUGGAAAUAAAAAGCUAAACGAAACAUAA